GAUCGAUGUAGAUCGGGAGGCGAGCAAGAAAAAAAGAUGAAUGAACCAGGUCUGAUCAAUUGUCACAGAAACGGGACAGCUCAGAGCCGAAGAAUGAAGACGCGUUGAGAACUGGUGAAUGCCGUUUGAACGGAAUAAGAGGUGCUGAUGACCAAAUGCCUGCCUGGAAAACAAGGAUAUUGUUAAAGAUACUGAUUGGUUUCCUUGCCAUACAUUGUUCUUUCGCGCGAACCAUGAAGGUGCGAUGUUUCUUUAUUUUAUUCUACUUCGUCACCGGCACGGGCCGAUCGCAAGGAGCCCUUAAAACCAUCAAUAUGGCCAUCCUGUUGCCUCACAACAACACCAUCUAUCCCUGGGCUUGGCCGAGGGUAGGUCCCGCCAUCCAACUGGCCAUAGAGAGGAUUAACCAGGACAAGGAGCUGCUGAAAGAUUACGAGCUCACCUACAAGUUCAAGAGCAGCGAAGCGGACGGCUCGUGUUCCAAUUACGCCGCCCCUUUCAACGCCGUGGAGUUUAAGAUGACGGGCGACCCCGAUGUGUUUGUGGGACCCGGCUGCAUGUACGCCACCGCCGCGGUGGCCCGAUUCGCCAGCCACUGGAAUCUACCCUUAGUCACCAGCGGUGCACCGGCUUACGGCUUUGACAACAAGACCGGAGAAUACAACACCACCAUCCGGACCGGCCCGAGCCACACCAAACUUGGGGAAUUUGCCAGACACAUCCACGAGACUUUCAACUGGACCUCGAGGGCGGCACUAGUUUACUGGGAUUUAAAAUUGGAUGACCGUCCCUAUUACUUCACAGUGGAAGGGAUUUAUACCUCUCUGGAGUCAGAAUUUCGAAACAUGACGGUGAGACACGAAAAUCUUAUGGACAAUGAACUGCAGCUGUCGGAUAUCAUAGAGAUUAUACAAUUCAUUAAAGACAAUGCCCGGAUUGUGUAUUGGUGUCUUCCUUUGGAAAAGUUUCGGCAGAUUUUGUGGCAAGCGCAAAAAGAAGGGCUGACGGACGGCGAAUACGUGUUUUUCUAUGUGGAUCUCUUCGCCGAGAGUCUCCGAGUGAAGGCAACCGGACAGUCCACGAAAUAUUGGGAAAUUAAGCACAACAACGAACCCCUCUUUCCAGAGGUUUUCAAAUCAGUGAUGAUCAUUACCUACCGGCAUCCCGAAGACCCUAAGUAUUCUGAUUUCCAAGAGGAUUUACGUGAAAGAGCCAGAAAUGUGCCGGGCGUUGAUUUCGACAACUCUCUGGUGAAUUUUAUUGCUGGUUGUUUUUAUGACGGGGUUUUGCUAUAUGCUAGGGCUCUCAAUCAGACACUAGCAGGAGGAGGGUCCAAAAAGGAUGGAAUGUUAAUCACAAGGAAGAUGCUGGACCAGCAGUUCCAAGGUGCUACUGGACUGGUGACGAUUGACAAGUAUGGUGAUAGACUCAUUGACUUCAGUCUUUGGAAUAUGGUCAACACAAAAACUGGGGAAUAUAAAAUUGUUGCUCACUAUUUGGGAACAAAAAAACAGAUUUACUGGAUUCCCAAUAUAAGGAUUCAUUGGCCAUUGGGCUCUGUUCCAGAAGACAACCCGACAUGCGUGUUUGAAGCUGAUGAAACAAUCUGUGAACAAGCUGGCUUAUCAAUGUUGGGAAUUGUCACACUGGGAACUGGCUUCAUUCUGGCAAUUUUUGUGAUUUCCAGUUUCCUUGCUUACCGCAAACUAAAGCUGGAGAAGGAACUGGCCAGUAUGCUGUGGCGGAUCCGUUGGGAAGAAUUGCAAAUGGGGAACACCGAUAAAUACCGGAAGAGUGCUGGAAGCAGGCUUACAUUAUCCCUGCGAGGCUCUAGUUAUUGCUCGUUAGUAACAACUCAAGGGAAAUACCAGCUUUUUGCAAGGACUUGCUACUUUAAGGGUAAUUUAGUUGCAAUAAAGCAUGUGAAUAAGAAAAGGAUUGACCUCACCAGGCAAGUGCUAUUUGAAUUAAAACAUAUGCAGGAUGUGCAGUUUAAUCACUUGACAAGAUUCAUUGGAGCCUGCAUUGAUAGCCCAAAUAUCUGCAUUGUGACAGAAUACUGUCCUCGAGGAAGUCUUCAGGAUAUACUUGAAAAUGAAAGUAUUAAUCUUGACUGGGUCUUCCGCUAUUCACUAAUUAAUGACAUUGUGAAGGGAAUGUCAUUUUUACAUAACAGCAUAAUUGGGUCACAUGGAAAUCUUAAAUCAUCCAACUGCGUUGUUGAUAGUCGUUUUGUGCUAAAAAUCACAGAUUAUGGUUUGUCGAGCUUCCGUUCAGUGUGUAAUAAUGAAGAUUCAUAUGCAUCCUAUGCAAAGAAACUUUGGACAGCACCAGAAUUAAUUAGAUGGGGCAGAGCACCACCUCAAGGUACCCAGAAAGGAGACGUUUACAGCUUUGGUAUUAUACUUCAAGAAAUUGCCUUCAGAAAUGGACCAUUUUACAUAGAAGGAAUGGAUCUCAGUCCAAAAGAAAUUGUGCAGAAGGUCAAAAAUGGUCAAAAGCCAUAUUUUAGGCCAACAGUUGAUACCAAUUAUCACAGUGAAGAAUUGGGUAACUUUAUGGAGAAGUGCUGGGCUGAAGAUGCUGUUGAAAGGCCUGAUUUUAACCAAAUUAAACUUCAGAUAAGAAGAUUCAAUAACGAAAGCAGGGGCAGUAUCCUAGAUAACCUGCUGUCAAGAAUGGAACAGUAUGCCAAUAACCUGGAGAAGCUUGUGGAAGAAAGAACACAAGCCUACCUUGAGGAAAAGAGGAAAGCAGAAAAUCUGCUCUAUCAAAUUUUACCUCACUCAGUGGCAGAACAACUGAAGUGGGGUGAAACAGUCCAGGCAGAGGCAUUUGAUAGUGUCACAAUUUAUUUCAGCGAUAUCGUUGGAUUCACUUCAAUGUCUGCUGAAAGCACACCGCUGCAGGUUGUGACCUUAUUGAAUGACCUUUAUACCUGUUUUGAUGCUAUUAUUGACAACUUCGACGUCUAUAAGGUGGAAACAAUUGGAGAUGCCUAUAUGGUUGUGUCCGGGCUCCCAGUACGGAAUGGGAAACUCCAUGCACGUGAGAUUGCUAGAAUGUCCUUAGCAUUACUGGAUGCUGUGAGAUCGUUUAAAAUACGACACAAGCCCAAAGAACAGCUAAAGCUAAGAAUAGGCAUGCACACAGGUCCUGUGUGUGCUGGGGUUGUCGGGUUAAAAAUGCCACGUUAUUGUUUAUUUGGAGACACUGUUAAUACAGCAUCCCGUAUGGAAUCUACUGGAGAGGCAUUGAAAAUCCACGUAUCCUCAAUGACCAAGAAUGUUUUGGAUGAAUUCAAAAGUUUUAAACUGGAACUCCGUGGAGACGUUGAAAUGAAGGGCAAAGGCAAAUUGAGGACAUACUGGCUGCUUGGUGAACAGAAAGAAUUUUCUGAUAUCUAAUACGAUGUUUGAUGUGAAAUUGCUUGUACACUAUUAUACUGCAGAACAGUGAUUGUUCAAGCUGUAGUUCAUUUGUUACAUAAACAAAUUUUGGCUAUGUUAAUUUCUGGAGAACAGAUUUUAGAAGAUAUCUGUAGCCUAGAAUUAUCCCGGGUAUAUUUCAUACCUGAACAAAUCUGCAAAAUAAGUAAUUUUUAUUAAGAUAAUUUUUCUUCUUAGCUGAAUACUUUUAAACAAUAAACCCUUAUUUUUUGUGCUUUCUAUAUUAAGAUUUAUAUAAUGUGCUUGAGAAGAAAUUUAACUAUAAAGUGUAGAAAGUUGCCUUUAUUCUCUGGAGCUAACUGGGUGUGAGAUCUCUGAUUGCUUGUUGUAACUGCUUCCUGACACAUUGGUCUCUACGAUGGAACAAAAUGCUAGGAUGGGGCGAUUCUUGCUAUCUAAGUUUUCUCACAUCCAUUUAACACUGGUAAGUAAAGGUGAAUUUCUACCCUAAAAUUUUCCCCAUAUAAGCUGUACAUACUGUGUAUCUAAGAUAUUGCUAAAUAUUUUGUUCAAAUAAACCAGAUAAAACCAGA